AUGAACACCCACCUACAGCACCUGGUCGUGAAAUGUUCCAAUAAUACGGGAGGUAUGAACGUACAGCCGUCCAAACUGGAAGUUGAUGGUGAACCCAUUUUCCUGAAACGACGUGUAAUUCCCUACGGCCAAUGUGAUGGUGUAUUACAGACCCUUGAGAAAAUGGAGCGCGAUGGUAUAAUCAUACGAGUCACAUCCAGUACAUGGGCAACGCCAAUUGUGAUCGCAAUCAAGAGUGACGGCAAAACACCGCGAAUUUGUGGCGACUACCGCUUAACACUCAACCCGCGGUUGCGAAAUUGUGCGGCUACCACCACGGAACCGGAGGAUUUCAUGAAAGCAUUGCACGGCAGUACAUGGUUCUCGAAGAUUUACUUGGCCGAUGCAUACCUACAAAUUCCACUCGCACCAACCUGCCGGCAUUUCACUACUAUCAACACACCAUGGGGACUGUAUGAACACAACUUCCUACCGUUUGGUUUCCACACAUUCUCCGGCAUAUUCCAGGCUGCAAUGGACGAAGUCAUCCGUGGACACGAUGGCGUGUUAGCGUGCCAGGAAGAUGUCAUUGUAUUUGGCGCAACGAAGGCCGAGCAUGACGAUAGACUUCUCAAACUACUGGAGCGGUUCGCCCAAAAGAACGUGUCAAUUCGCGCCUCCAAAUGCAUGUUCAGCUCAUCAGAUUUGGAAUUCUUGGGUUUCACAGUGGGUGCUAAAGGCUAUCGUCCUGAUCCAAGGCGCUUCCGCCCGUUGACUGAACUCGAGUCACCAAGAGAUCGAAACCAACUUAGAUCUAUAAUGGGAUGUCUCCAAUACUGUUCGCGUUUCAUCCCAAACUUCCUCACAAAAGCCCAACUACUGUUUGCUGCUCAGUCGACUGCGGAAUGGAAAUGGACUAUCGAAUGUGAACAAAUUCUGCGUGAAAUCAUU